AAGUCGGGAUUAGGCUUAAUGAAAUAGAGUCAAAUAGCUUUAAACAUUAUAAUCCGAAUUCGCCUUUAUAAAGGUGCCUCUAAUGCGGGCUUUUUCAGUGUGGUGUUACUUGUUUACAACAAAAGUAUGGCAUUGUGUUAAAUAUUGGAAAUCAUAUUUAGAGCUUUUAAGAGCUUUUAAAGUGUCGCAGAUUAUAAUGUUUUAUCAACAAUUUUGGUCUACGAUAUUUACAAAGGGAAUUAAAAUGCCUUGUUAGAGGCAUGUAUAAAAUUAGAGAUACACAUCAUACAGGCACUUUGAAUGAAUGUAUCAAGUUAGUCGACAUCGAAAGAUUUACAGCGAGAAUAUUUAAGGAUCGUAAGAGGAGAUUUUAGUCAACUUUGAAGUGUUUCUCCAUCGAUCUACCGGUGAAUUGGCUUUGCGUUAGACGUUUAAAAUUCAAUUUGUCGCAAUAUUUGCGGGAACGUUUAUUUGUAAAUUUAUACGAUGAUUAAACACUUGUGUUUGAAUGAUAAAAAUAAGUUUAAAGUGCAACGUCUCGGUGAAGGUUUAGUGUUUGGAUACGUGAAAAUUAAUGUGGAAUUAUUUGUUUUUAGAAUGUAAAUUGUACUAUUUUAAUAAAAAAAUCACUCAGAUAGUUUGGAAAUCAAUUGUACUCGAGUUUUAAAUACCGGUACCAGAGUGAGUGAAUCAACAAAUGAAAAGGAAAUUAAACAAACAUAUUUUAUAGUUAUAGUUAACACAGAAAACGAGAUCUGUUGUCAGAGCCUUUGGUCCGAUACUGCUUUCGUGUGUACUCCCACCGUUGUGCAACUAGAGAUUCUUUUGACCGUUCCAACAAAAGAAAUUGAAAUUACAUUCAACUUCUUUCUAACUGAUUUGUCAAGCAUUUGGGCAUUGCUAGCGCCAACGUGAACAACAAUACAUUGACUAACUUUCUGGCGUUAUACAUGAACACGGAGGCUUACAUGGCGGUGACCACAGAUAAUAACAGAGGUUUUAUAAUCGUCAAAUAUGGAGAUAACGAGGAGGCGAUCUUCAACCCCUGGUGCUCCAGUUACACCCUCAUGGAAUGGAUCAGGAAGAAAUGCAAAUGUGGCGACGACAUCGUAAUCGACCUGGUGGAUAUGGACGGUCAAGUGACCAACCUGUCUGGUCGGACCAAGGACUACGCACAUGAGCUUGUGACCGCCCGGGGGGUCUACAUACUCAUACGAGUAGAACCUGUUUCUCUUUCAGGUCUUCCAGACAAUGGCCAGUUUCAUUAUACGUCCUUGCUGAAUAAUUUAGAAGAAACAAAUCCCGAGCUAAUGGUUAAAUUAAACAGUUUAUCAAGGCCGACAACUCGGGCUAAGAAUAUCAAACAAAAGGGAGCAAAGAAGACGCCACAGCAAAAAUCACGACAAGAAUCCGCAAAUAAGAGACCCGGAAGCACCGAACGCAAAAAAGGAAAAUGAUCUUUAUUUGCAGCUAAAGUCUUAUUUGUUCUGAUCAUUAUGUUUGUUGCAUAUUGUUGUGAUUGUGUGUGUUAAGCCGUUUUAGGAUUUUCUAAUUUUGGACAAAGCUGGGUUGUGCGGCUUGAUUUUUAAUAUGAAUAUCAUGUCUCAAAGUAUGGGAUAGAUAUACUUUGCAUGCAUUGCAGUUAAAAUUAGUUGUAUAAAAUACUAAUUUGUCAGUACAUAUGUGAACAGAAACUUGCUUUUUGAACAGAAGAUGUAAAUCUUAGACUGACGUUUUUGUUGAUCAAUAAGAUCCAAUUGAUAUAACGUCAAUUUUCUUAAAAUUGUACAUAUUGAAAUGCAUGGUACAUUUUUAUGUAAAGUAUGAACGUUGGAAUUUGUCUUGAAAUAAGAUUUUUAUUUCGAAAUGUGUAGUAAGAUGCAUAUAUUGUACUAUUGAAUGAUGUUUCAUUGAUCAGGAAAUGUCAAUAAAGACCACAGGUGGUUAGCGUGUGGCUAUGAUAUUAAUUAGUGAAAACAUCAUUUUGAAUGAUAAAUAAUCAUAU